UUGGCAACAUGAAGAAUCUCAUCAGGUUGGACGUUGGCCAAAAUAAUCUCCUUUCUUCUACAGCAAGGAAUCUCAUGUGAUUGAUUCUCUGGCAAACUGUUCUCAGCGCGAGUAUCUGAUGAUUUAUACCAACCAGAUCUCUGGGGAAUUUCCAUCCUCAGUUGCAAAUCUUUUAGCCAAUCUCCAACAUUUUUGCUUUUCGGACAAUUUCUUGACCGGAGGCUUCCCUCAAGGUGUUGACAAAUUUCAGAACCUCAUUUCUGUGUAUAUAGAGAGAAAUCCUUUUACAGGAAGAAGAAAAACAAGGAGAACAAAAGCAAUACAGCUCCUCCUUUGAAGGGUUUUCCUCCGAUGAUAUCUUACUCUGAUAUCCACCAUGCUACAAGCAACUUUUAAGCUGAAAUUUUGAUUGGAAAAGGAGGUUUUGGUUCUGUUUACAAAGCUGUAUUUGAUAACACUACGUUGGCAGUGAAGGUAUACUUGACCUACAAGCAAGCAGAGCUUUCAAAAGUUUUCUAACAGAAUGUGAAACUUUGAGAAAUAUCAGACAUAGAAAUGUUGUCAAGAUCAUUACCUCAUCCUCGAGCAUCGAUUACAAGGGAGAUGAAUUCAAGGCACUAAUUAUGAAGUUCCUGCCCAAUGGAAACACGGAUAGGUGGCUGCACCCUGUGCCAGAAGAUGUGGAAUCAGGGUUAUGCUUGACUCUGCUGCGAAGGCUAAUAUUGCCAUAGAUAUUGCUUCUGCAAUGGAUUAUCGACAAAAUGACUACAAUCCACCAAUAGUACAUUGUGACCUGAAACCUGAAAAUUUUCUUCUGGAUGAAGACAUGGCUACUCAUGUUGGGGAUUUUGGAUUGGCAAGGUUUAUUUCUGAAAAUUUGUCACAGGGCAAAAGCAACACAAUUGGUUACAUUGCUCCAGGAGGCAAAGCCUCAAGGAGUGGAGAUGUGCACAGUUUUGGGAUCCUUCUGCUUGAGAUAUUCAUUGCAAAGAAACCAACUAAUGCGAUGUUCAAAGAAGCAUCAAGCUUCAAUGAAUUCACAUCUGAAAUUACUACUGAUGACCAAGCUUUGAACCACAUUAUUGAUCCCAGGCUGUUCAAGAACAUUAACGAUGGAAGUCCAAUGCAAAGCUUGAGCGUUACUUCCUCUGUUAGCGGUGGUAGCAACAGCAGCAAUUGUACGAGCCACAGUUAUAGGAUGGAAAAAUGUGAAGAGUGUUUAAGAGCAGUAAUAAGAGUUGGUUUGGCUUGUGCAGCUCAAAAUGCAAGAGAUUGUUUAUCCAUUAGAGAAGUCCAGGCAAAGUUACAAGAGAUUAAGAAAUCUUUGCUCUGCUCUUGAUAACAGGCAUGCAGCAUUUGUCUGUGCAGUCACAGUUGUGCAAUCAUGGUCAUGGGUACUUUGAAUUGCAAUAAUCCAUAUUUCUAGGA